AUGAACAAGAAUUCACCAUCACCUAGUUCACCAACCCCAGUGAUACUGGUACUUGUUACCAAUAAAUAAGGGUAAGUCUUGGAACAUAGCUAAUUUUUUAGAACAUUUUCAGUAUUUGGUCAAGUUAAAAAGGUACUUGUUUAUUUUGAUUUGUAUUUAGAUUCUUAUAUUCGAAAGAAAAAUCAUUUGGAAAGUGUUCAUUGAAUAUGAGAAUGCUUAAUAAGCAUAAUAAGCAUUAGUAUUAGAUGGUACUCUCUUUGAUUAUUAAUUAAAAAUGAGAGUACAUCUUAGUCAACGUGAUUCUCUAGUGUUUUAGAAUAAUAACAAUUGUGGUGUAGGUAUUAUUUUUGUUUUAUUAAAAUUAGAUUAUACUACACUAUAAUCAAAGUAAUAGUUUUUCUAAUAACUCAAGGAAGAUUCAGGGUCUCUUAAUUAAUAAUUACAGUAGAACUUAGACAUGCUUAAUUAACUUAUAACUCAAUUAAGUUAAACGGCAGAUUUAAAAGAAUAAAUCUCCUUAAUCUAAUAAAUAUAAGAGUAUCGUAAUCAAACAUAGUAAUUGACUGUUCUAUAUUAACAGUAAUUACGUAAUUAUGCAUCUGUUUUAUAAAGAGAGGGAAAGAAAUAGAAAUAAAUAGUGACAACAGUCACAACACCUUCUCCAUCACCUUUUUUACAUUCAACUUUGGAUUCAAUUAGAUAAUAGAUAUUAGAAGAGUCUUCAGAAGAAGAUAAAGAAGACUUUUCAGAUGGAGAAAGUGUAUCAUCAUAAUAAUCAUCAGAAAAAUCUUAGAAAUCUACACAUUCUGAAGAUAAUUAUAAUGAAGUCUUUUGUAAUGACUCCACAAAUCCUUUUUCUUGUGGUGCCAGUCCUUUUACUCCAUAUCCAUAAACUAAAAUAACAAGUCCAUUUAUAAUGACUCCAACUACUUUACCAACAUAUUUAAUUAUUUAACAUUCUAAUAUUAAUCUACGGGUGGUGUAUAACAUCUUUAGUACAUUCACAAGAGUAGAUGCAAUUUAUUAAAGUCAUUAUGGAGCUUAUCUUUAAGUUGCUUCUAAAGAAGAAGCUGUUCGAAUGAAAAAUCUACUGAGCAAAACUUUACUUUUUGGAAUGCCAAUGAAUCUCAUUAUUUCAGAUCAGCUUUCUCAUGAUGCUCAUAAGAUUACUUUACCUUCAAAUGAAAGAAAACCUCUUUUGUAAUCAUAAUAAUUAUCAAACUCAAUCUUAAUUACAGGACUUAAUGGAGUUACACUAGAAUAGAUGUAUCAAUAUUUCGGGUGUAUUACUCCCAUCUUAAAUAUGAAGUAUAAUCAUAUCAAUCAUAUCUAUUAGAUUCAUUAAUCAGAGCUCUUGCAAAAUACUGUAUUCAGAUGUAGGAUGCAGUUUAAGUGUCUUAGGAUAUAGCCAAGACGCUAAAAUUAAUGGAAGGUAUUUAUAUAUAUAGAAUCUAUUUUAGAUCUGUGUAACUUUCAUUCACAGCUUUCUGAUUAAUGAAUUUUAUCAUAUUAAUUUAUCACAUAAUUAAACAA